AUGGCAAAUUCCCAACUACUAAGCUCUACUGAGCGUGAGCAAUAUGACCUUGUGACGCAAGAAUCGGUUAUCAUGCGUAUUGGGAUGCCAACUGUUAUUGAGGAUUAUCGAGAUGCCGUUACGACUACGAUUGAUCGAAGGAAACUUGUUGAUCUUGUAUCUAAGCUCCACGCUUCCUCCGAAUCACUACGAUGGAGUUUGUUUUUCCUUGAGACGUGCAGCUCUAGCGAUUCUGUCAAGUGUAAUACCGCUCGUCGACUGGCUGCUCAAAAUGUACACGAAUUUGUUGUUCACCUUGACCGUACUGUGAACCAAAUUGAAGACUGGGUCUUAGGGGCAGAAUAA